AUGUCACAUGUCCAACACAUCAAGACUUCAGACAUCAAGGCUUCAGACAUCAAGGCUUCAGACAUCAAAACUUCAGACAUUAAGGCUUCAGACAUGAAGACUUCAGACAUCAAGGCUUCAGACAUCAAGGCUUCAGACAUGAAGACUUCAGACAUCAAGGCUUCAGACAUCAAGGCUUCAGACAUCAAAACUUCAGACAUUAAGGCUUCAGACAUCAAGGCUUCAGACAUCAAGGCUUCAGACAUCAAGGCUUCAGACAUCAAGGCUUCAGACAUCAAGGCUUCAGACAUCAAGGCUUCAGACAUCAAGGCUUCAGACAUCAAGGCUUCAGACAUCAAGGCUUCAGACAUCAAGGCUUCAGACAUCAAGGCUUCAGACAUCAAGGCUUCAGACAUCAAGGCUUCAGACAUCAAGGCUUCAGACAUCAAGGCUUCAGACAUCAAGGCUUCAGACAUCAAGGCUUCAGACAUCAAGGCUUCAGACAUCAAGGCUUCAGACAUCAAGGCUUCAGACAUCAAGGCUUCAGACAUCAAGGCUUCAGACAUCAAGGCUUCAGACAUCAAGGCUUCAGACAUCAAGGCUUCAGACAUCAAGGCUUCAGACAUCAAGGCUUCAGACAUCAAGGCUUCAGACAUCAAGGCUUCAGACAUCAAGGCUUCAGACAUCAAGGCUUCAGACAUCAAGGCUUCAGACAUCAAGGCUUCAGACAUCAAGGCUUCAGACAUCAAGGCUUCAGACAUCAAGGCUUCAGACAUCAAGGCUUCAGACAUCAAGGCUUCAGACAUCAAGGCUUCAGACAUCAAGGCUUCAGACAUCAAGGCUUCAGACAUCAAGGCUUCAGACAUCAAGGCUUCAGACAUCAAGGCUUCAGACAUCAAGGCUUCAGACAUCAAGGCUUCAGACAUCAAGGCUUCAGACAUCAAGGCUUCAGACAUCAAGGCUUCAGACAUCAAGGCUUCAGACAUCAAGGCUUCAGACAUCAAGGCUUCAGACAUCAAGGCUUCAGACAUCAAGACAUGGAAUGUAAAAGGCAAAAGACACCCCGGAGACGUAGGAAGGCCAAGAGACUGA